GAUCUGUCUGAAUGGAAAUGAAAUCGAAGGUAAAUCGUAAAUCGUCUGCACCACACCAAACGCAUUUAGUGGUAUAAAGUAAUAAACAAAUGCGUAAUUAAGGUAUUUAUUAAAAAACUAUUAAUUAUCUAUUUUGUUUUUUUUGCAUUGCAUCAAGCAAUUACAAUGUAUAUUGUCUAAAUAUGCUCUAUGAAACAUUGUUUCAAAAUUCGUUCUAGGUAUUGUUCAAAACUUUAUUGUAGUAAUGCCACGCCACAUUGUACAAGUGAGGUUCAAUAUACCACAGGGUUUUCGAAAUAUUAAUAACAAUAAUGCUGAUGCACGCUAUAUUUUUGGAAGAAAUCAGCUGUACCGUAUCGCUUUUAUGCGUUUCACAUUGGUUUAUGCAAGGCUGUUUCCAGAAACUCUAAGAAGGAUAAUCGAGUUUAUUUUAUUAAUAUCAGCAUUAUUUUCAUUCCUAUCUUUGAUAUACAUUCAUGUAGUAUUUGUUCACUUACCUGUAACAUGUUUGGAUCGCUACCACAAAGAAUGGGAAAGUGCAAAAAUUCUAAGAGUCGAACUGCUCCGUAAGAAUGGGGUCCAUAAUUAUUCCCUUUAUGAUUCUUAUUAUAAAGAACAUGCUAUGAGGUUACUGGAUGCUGGUGUAAAACCCUGCCCUAGAGUACAGUACCUACAAAAUGAUCUGAAUAAUGACAGCACAGAAUCAAACUCAGAUCAUUCUUAUAAAGAAGAGUCACUUGACGUUUCAGAUCUUCUAAAGUGCAAGUUGAAUGAAACAAAUGAUGAGAAAAGCUUUUUGGAUAAAGUUGCUGAAGAAAUACAUGCAGCGUUUAAUAUGGAACCCAUUGAAGAACUAAAUAUCAUAGAAUAUUCUCUGGAAUAUGGAUUUCUACGUCUAUCACCUGCUAUGAGAAAAAGCUUGAAUCUUACUGUUUUAUUUGUUGCAUUAGAUCCAAAUGAAGAUACAUGUUUUGGUGGAGUAUUUCACAAGUUUAUUUUAGACCAGUUUCUUGGUUAUGAUGAACUUUUAAUAUCUAGUGUGAGGCAUCUCGCAGAAAAAAGUAAUUAUAAAGGUUAUGUGCGAAAUGUAGGAAAGGAAGUAGAAUAUAUAUUUGUAAAUGAUAAUGGCUGGCUCCAUUCCUAUCUUGUUGCUGCUAUUAUUAUGCCAGUAACAACAUUUUCUGUCUCCUUGCUUUUGCGAUUUGCUCACCAACAAAUGUUUGUGGCUUGCACAAACAUGUUUGAUUUUAUAAGAUUCCAAGGCCAGCGCCGAUACAAUGGUAGCCCAUUAUUUACAGUAAUCCUUGCUUUGUUUGGUAUGAUGGCUAUAAUUACAAGUUUCUUUCACAACUCAACACUCACUUUGAACAUCACAUUCAUAGUUUGGUUGGCAGAUUUUUAUGAUUCUAUUUGUUGCCGAGCUCUUAUACCUAAGAGACACUGGUACCGAUUUUUCUUGUUGUAUCAUUAUGUGUUUUAUGCCUAUAAUCAUCGUUUUAAUGGAUUGCAUUGGCAACUUAAUCUAUUGACAUCUUGGCUGUUUAUAUUGCACUCUAUGGUCUUUUUCUUCCACCACUAUGAACUACCAUAUUACGUUCAAAGUUUUGUUCAGUUUCGGGAAUCACAUGUAUUACGUCCUCCUCGUUCUCAACCUCAGGCUCAGUCUGCUAGCACCAGCACCAAUCAGCCAACUGAACCUGUGGUACCCCAAUCAGAUGAACAGCUAAUCGAUCAUGAAGUCUCAAGCCCUGAAGAGAAUGCAGAACCUAAUCCUGAGAACGUUAUUGAAAGUCUUGUUGACGACAGUAAUCAGGGCCAGUCUGAAAGCAAUCCUGCCUCAGUAGACUCUUCUGAUGACUCGUCGCAAGAAAUCCCAGCAGAUGAUCAAUGCUUAAAGUGUAACCGUGAUGAGAUGUAUCUUAGUGAUGCGGUGAGCGUCUUAUCUGAAAGUGGCUCUAAAGAGACAACUGAAAACUGUCCAGGGGAUAAAAUUUGUGUAGAAAAUAACAAAUGUGAAGCCUCUAUAUCAGGUUCUUCACAAAAUCGUGGCUCUGCCUCAUGUUCACUUAACAAUCCUAGUCAUUGUGAAUUACCAAAUGAAAAUCAAAAGAAGCAAAGCUACUUAGACUCUGAGGAAGAACUUAGUGAACCUCAGCAUUUUAACACCGAAUCAGAUGGUCAAAGUGAAACUGAGAAAUCAUGCUUUAGGCCAAAUAUAGAACAUAGCACAGCUCCAAUUGCUGAUAAUGUUACACCAGAGGAAAAGCAUAUAGAAUCAAGUGAACAUGAUGAUUGUUAAAAAAGUUUGAUGUUAAUUAACUUUAUUACAUUUUGUUAAAGUUUAGAGACCACUAAGUGGAAUCGAAAGCACUUAUUAUUUAUUGGACUGAGUGUGAGAAGUUUUCCGAUUUUGAUUAUUGCUUAUUGAUAUUGGAAUUUUUUCAUUUACAGUUUAAUUUUGCUGCUGUAAAGUUUUCCUUAAUUUAUAUAGAUUAUUAUUUCAAGACAGGUGACUUGUGCAAAACUAUAUUUAAUUUCCUGGUGUAUGAGCCCUUUGAAUAUCCAUUCGGUGUUAAUGUGGGCUCCAUAUGUUGUGAUAUCUGUUUGAUGUUUGUGAUUUUUAACUAUGAGAGUUAUGUGCUUUUUUAUUCUAAAGAAGAAAAAAAACAUCAAUUUAUAAUGCUCUGGGUUUAAUCAUCGUUACAUUGACAAAGCCAAUGAAAAGUUUGAUUUUAUAUUUCAUUUUAUAUUAUAAAUUUUUUUAAAAAAAAUAUUAUUUUAAAAUGUGAAAAAUUAUUAGAUUUUAAAUAAUAUCAGUAAAAAUAUUUGUUUUUACUGUAUUUAUUUAAAAUGUUUCAUUUAAUGUUUGCUAUCAGUUUUAUGUAAAAAGAGGUAAAAGGGAACUUUUACUCAAAUCAUUAAAAAAAUAUGUUGUAUUUUAAAUCAAAAAUUUUUUUAAGUGAUAUUAUUACUUGCAUUGAAAAUAUAAUAAAAAAAAAUGUGCCAACUAAGUAAUGAAACAUAAAUAUAAUAAUUGAACAAAGUUGUUCUAUUUAAAGUGUUGCUAGUGAUAAAAUGUUGCUCAAAUUUUGUUUUAUUAUUUCUCCACGCUUUUAUUAUGAUCUAUUAUUGUCUCAAAUGUUUUCAAAAUAUUUUAGGUUCUGCAGGCUGCACUGAAAAAUUGUUUUAAAAUUUCAAAUAAUUUUCUUGAAAUUUGAUAUUUUAAAAUCAUAACUUUUAAUGAUUUUAUUACAUGCUAUAUAGAUUGUUUUUCCUUAUAAUUUUAGUUAUUAUCAUGCAUAACUAAAAAAUUAUAGUAUUGUAUCAAAUUUAUUUUGAGUUUCAUUAGUGGUCAACACACAUUUUAACUGUAUUUACUGUUUUAUUCUUAUUAAAUGCUUUAUUGUUCUUA